AUUUGGCGAAAUUAGUGAUAGAUAAACGGUUUCUAUUUUUCUGAAGUUGCCGUACAAAUUGCGACUGCGCUCACGCCAUCUUCUCCAUUUUGUAGGUUGAUCAGGCUCCGACGAACUUGAGAAAGCACGCAUCUUCCACUUGGCCUUCGAUAAAAAAAUUCUCGCCGGAGACCAAUAAAACGCUAACCUGAUUCCCAUUUUUGUUCAAGAAUUAUGUUUCGUUUUUGUCUUCGACCACGACGUUACCUUCGUCUUCCCCUCAUUCCCCCACGCUCCUUCUCCUCCUCCUCCUCCUCCUCAUCAUCAUCAUCAUCUUCUAAGAGUCUCAUCGAACCCUCAAUCAAUCUAAAAAAUCAGCACCAAACCCCUGUCCUCCACCACCACCCCCUUGUGUCAACCGCCAAAACUUGCUCUUCUCCCUCUCGUUACUCCGUUCUCGGCCUCUCCGCCGCUGUCGUAUCUGCUUUAAUUGCUUCCUUUGCUCUCCUUUCCUCUGUUGACCGCCAUUCCUCUGAGUCUAACACUAGCCAUGAUUCUAAUCCUCUCCACGUUGCCAUUGAACAAACAAUUUCUAAAUCGAACGAGUCUUUCAGGAGAGUAUUUUAUCACGUGAGGCAAACGGGUGUUGCCGCAUCGGUCCUAUGGCAGUCGUUGAGGUCUGUGCUUUCCUCUGCUAACCACGAAGUCAGGGUGGGGUUCGAGCUGCGAGUGGCGGCUUUGUUGGCCGACAUUGCUGCUGCAAAUGGAGCCCGUAGAGUUGCUCUGGUUGGAGCGGGCGGCGGAAAGGUGGUCGAUUGGUUGCUGGAGACCGUGGCGGUGGGUGGGGACGGAUAUGGCACCCAGGCUGAGGCGGCCAGGGCACUUGCUUACUUGAUUGCGGAUCCUGAUGUGUCUGCAGAUGUGCUUGGAAGGCCUCACGCUGUGCCCUAUUUGUUGCGCUUCAUAUUUUCUUGCCAGCCAAAGAAGCAUUCAAGACGUAGUUCAUUCGAUAUUUGUGAUUCUUUGAAAGGUAGGAGCAUGCUUGUGGCUGCCAUCAUGGAUAUCGUCACAGCCAACUGCGAUAGUAGUUUAGAGAAGGUUCCUUUCAAGCCAUCCUUGCCAGCAAAUGCUGAAACAAGGGAUAUUGCUGUAGCCAUUGAGGUCAUUGAGGCAGGUGGCUUGCAUAUGGAUGGGCCACAGGACAAUGGAGAUGAUGAUAAUGGCGGAAAGGGAAUGAAGGGUAUUGGAAUCAAAAUACUUGAAGGUACAACAGUUUUAGGACUUACAAGAAAUAGUGGGUUAACGAAGUCGGAACAUUCUAAUUCUAGUAAUGUGGAAUCAGUUAGUCAGACUUCUAAAACCCUCAGCUUGUUGCAGAAGAAAGAUGGUUCCCUGGAACAGAAUUUGUCUUCCACUGUUGUUCCUGGACUUUGGGAUGAUCUUCAUUGUGAACAUGUUGCUGUGCCUUUUGCUACGUGGGCAUUAGCCAAUUGGGCGAUGGCAUCUGAGGACAAUAGAUCCCAUAUUCAGGAACUGGACCAAGAUGGGCAAGCUGUCAUGACCGCCUUAAUGGCACCUGAGAGAUCUGUGAAAUGGCAUGGAAGCUUGGUAGCCCGGUUGCUAUUGGAGGACCGACAUCUGCCCAUAAAUGAUUCCAUUUCUGAUUGGAGUUCCAGUCUUCUCACAACUAUUUCUCAGGCAAGUAAAAAUGAUGAUAUUCCUUUAGCCCAGGUGGCUUUAUCUGCUUUUUCACUUUCUAUUGAGAGGAGCCAAGAGGCACGGAAGAUAGUGAUAGAAAAGGGUCUCGAGCUGAUGAGAGACACAACUAAGCAGACAACAAAAUACACAAAAAUCCAAGAAGCAUUAGCAAGGGCUAUGGAGUUACUUUCUACUGGGGAUAUGCAUUUAUCUCUUGAAGAAAGCCAAAAGUGGUCUGGCAUUCUGCUCCCUUGGGUUUUUGGGAAUGUUUCCUCGGAUAUUAUACGAUCUUCAGCCACAAAAAUCCUUUCGUACAUUCUUGAAGAUCAUGGACCAUCUUCUGUGCCAAUUUCUCAAGGAUGGUUAGCCAUUCUUCUAAAGGAAGUUCUGGCUUCCACCAAGGCUUCAUCUAGUAAGGGAGGCAUUCAACCCAAAAGUGAUAAAGUGAAGACCCAAAUUGAUCAGUCUAACAUUCAAUUUGCAACACAGACUGUUAAUCAGCUGGCAGGUGCUGUUGUAAAUUUAGCAGGGAAUCAAGUGAGAGCAGACACUGAUUCUGUUGAUACAUUUCCACUGGCAGAUCUUCUUUCCCUUGAACCUUUUGCUGGACCGUUUCAAAACUUUAAGAAGGAUGCUAAUUCUAAAUUUAAUGUGGCAGAUUCUGCUUUGGCAACCCUCAAGGGGAUCAAAGCACUUACUGAACUUUGCUCUGAGGAUUCUUUAUGUCAAAAAAAAAUUGUUGAACAUGGGAUUUUGUGUUUACUGAGGCGCUUUUUGUUACGUGAUGAUUAUGAGAGAUUGUCUGCUAUGGAAGCUUAUGAUGCAUCUAGAGACCUUGAGGCACAGGAGAGGAUUUCAAAUGUCACUGGUGAGACACCUAGUGCUGCUACUAAUGGUCCAUCUAGUCUUCGAGUUCCACCUACAGCUCACAUUCGACGACAUGCAGCUAGAUUGCUGACUGUCCUAUCAAACAUUCCUCAAGUCCAGAAGGUUGUUCUAGCAGAUAAAACUUGGUGUAAAUGGCUUGAGGAUUGUGCUAAUGGAAAGAUUCCAGGUUGCAGUGAUAGCAAAAUACAAAGUUAUGCUAGGGCUACGCUCUUAAAUAUAUUUUGUUGUCUCCAUGAUGGAGUAAACAGUGAUCUCCCUGAGAGUGGAAGUGCAAACAGAAACAGAGGUUGUUCUCAGUAUAGUGACAUGAUAUUUUUGAUUAAUCCUGAAUUGUCCCACUGGAAGUGUGAAAAUAUAGAAAGUAAGAAAAUUGGAAGCAAUGCUUCUAUCAAUGGUGACAGUUCAUCCAUAAGCAAAACUUCAAACAUUACUGAAUGUUCUUCCACCAAUGAGUCCCUUACUGGAUCUGAAUCGGAGGCACCUCAGCUCGAUGUUGUCUUUGUCCAUGGUUUGCGUGGUGGGCCUUAUAAGACUUGGCGCUUGGCUGAGGACAAAGCCUCAACUAAAUCUGGUUUGGUGGAGAAGAUUGAUGAGGAAGCCGGGAAGCUAGGGACGUUUUGGCCUGCUGAAUGGCUUUCUACUGAUUUGCCCCAAACGCGCAUGUUUACCCUCAAAUACAAGACUAAUCUCACACAAUGGUCUGGGGCUACCCUGCCUCUUCAGGAAGUCAGCUCCAAGCUGUUAGAGAAGGUUGUUGCUGCAGGCAUUGGGAAUCGACCUGUGGUGUUUGUGACUCACAGCAUGGGAGGCCUGGUUGUUAAGCAGAUGCUGUAUAAAGCAAAGGAAGCAAAAAUCAAUAACCUUGUGAACAACACUGUUGGAAUUGUGUUCUAUAGCUGUCCACACUUUGGCAGUAAGCUAGCCGACAUGCCUUUGCGAAUGGGCCUUGUGUUUCGUCCUGCUCCAACCAUAGGGGAGCUAAGAAGUGGAUCCCCUAGACUAGUUGAGCUUAACGACUUCAUCCGCCGCCUUCAUAAGAAAAGAUUGGUUGAAGUCCUCAGUUUCUGCGAGACCAAGGUAACUCCAAUUGUUGAAGGGUAUGGGGGAUGGGCCUUCAGGAUGGAAAUUGUACCAAUUGAAUCAGCUUAUCCUGGAUUUGGUGAACUUGUUGUGCUAGAGUCUACAGAUCAUAUAAAUUCUUGCAAGCCAAUCAACCGCAAUGAUCCUUCCUAUACAGAGACAUUAGAGUUUUUGUGCAAGCUAAAAGCCCGUUAUUCAAAAGGGGAUGCUUCCUUGUGAUCUUAUAUGCCUGAAAAUUGGUGGUGAUAAUCAUAUGAAAAAGUUUUGGAUAAAGCUUUGAAUUUGCAUGGAGACAAACAGUAUUGGACAUUCGGAAUGGCAAUCCUCAUCUGCAAUCGAGUAGACAACAAUUUAUGUUGCUUACCUAAUGAGAUGAAGCUUGCGGACAAGCCAUUCUUUUCAAUCAUCAUACACUUGCAAAAAAGAGAAAUUUUUUUGAACAUUGGUUUUUCUCUGAUGUUUCAAAGUUGUACAUUUAUGUUGUACAUCAUACCUUUCUCAUGUACAGCGAUAGAGUAGGUUAUGUUGUAUAUAUUAUACAUUCAUACAUACUUGAGAAAGAAAAGAAUUUAGUGAUACUUGCUGGAAUGUUUGUUUUGUUUCUGCAAUUUGUUUUGAUCUUGCAGGAAUAAUUGUGAACAACAUAGAAGGGGUUGAAAAAAACUUGGGUCUAUGUUCCGAAAAGAAUAGGCUUUUUUUUUAAAAGCAAAAAGUAUUAAAAAUUUUUAAAUACCCUUAAAAAAAAAUUCUCCAAAAAGCAUGAAAAACCUCAGUUUCUAAGGCAUUACACUUCACCCGAACUGAAACGAGCGCUUGCGCAUUCAAGUUGUAGACAACGCACAAGCAAGAGCAGACUCUUCUCCCUUGCAUCAUCUUGCAGUUGCAGACUAGCAGAAACUCUUGGCAAUGGCACUGUGUCAUGCGCUACCGAGCUCAUUAUUCAUGUCAUCUCAAUUGAAGCUCUUAAUACCAACAGAAAACAAGAGGUACCCCUUGUAGCUCAUAAGAGGAAUCAUAUGUUGCUCUAAUUCCAGUUCUUUAUUUCAACCACAACUGCAAGGACGACGAACUUGGGUCCUCCGGUUAUUAAAAAGAGAAAAGGAUACAAGAAAACUUCCCAGGAGAGGAAAAGCGCAUUACUGAAGCAUACCCAUUGAUGAUAACGAUGAUGAUCCCCGGAAUUACAACACGAAAACGUAUCAGAGGAUGAAGAAAACUCAGGUGAGGGUGAUGGGAAGAGUUGGGUACCCAGUCUGGAACUGUUCAUUAGGCACUUGUUUGACAGCAAAGCUCGUUUUCGCCACUAUCGAGCGUAUUGUUGAUAAAAUCCGAUGACGUUUCUUGUGAGCUCUUCUCUUUCCGUUUUAUCUAUAGCUUACUUGUUUCCCACAAAUUGGUCCCAUUCAUAUUUUCCCUUCUCGGUCCUGCGAAUUUUUUUAAGUUUUGGGGGAUUGUUGGUUCCUUGCUUCGUUAGCGUCAAUUCUUCUUCGAUAAUGGCAAUGAAGUUAUGUCUUUGUUAUCUUAUUUAAGAUACACAAGCAUGAUUAAUCGUGAGUCAUGGCUUGAUUGAAAUGACUUGUAUGGGAAAUCUGUGCUCCUAGGAUGAUAAUGUUUUGGUGGGCUCAUUACUUAAAAUUGAAGUGUUAAAAUGAUGAACCAACAAUGUUGUUGAUUAUUGAAGUGUAUCAAUUACUGUACAGAUUUGACUUUGAGUUGAAUCUGAAUGUAUCACUUUACCAGCUAAAGCCAAUUGGCAGAUUACUUAACUCUGUUUGAGUCUUUGACUAAGGCCCAUUAGCCCACCUAAAAUCAAAUCAAACAAAACUAAUUAUAUUAA